GGCGGGGCCUUGAGAUCGGUUACGCCCACAGAAUUGGCCGAAAUAGCGGCCAGGGCUGCCCUCCAGGCGGCCAAAGUCGGUCCCGAACUCGUCCAGUCGGUUGUCGUCGGUAAUGCCAUUCAGAUCUCGGCGGACGACACGCCGAUCAUCGCGCGGGGUAUUGUCGGUCGACUGGGCAUACCUAUCAACGUGCCCGGGCUGUCCGUAAACAUACAGUGCGGCUCCGGCUUUCAGGCCAUCAUAAACGCCGCACAGGACAUUAUGCUAAAUGAUUGCGACAUUACGCUAGCGGUGGGCGUCGAGAAUAUGAGUCUCACGCCGUUUAUGUUAAGGGGCGCCCGUUUUGGUGUUAAGUUAUCGCAAACGCCUCCGCUGAUCGACGCACUCUGGGAGGGCCUGAAGGACCACAACUGCAACCUCCGGAUGGGAGAGACGGCCGAAAAGUUGGGCCAACUUUGGGGCGUCGCUCGAGAGGACGCGGAUCGGGUGGCUCUCCGAUCGCAGCAGCGGUGGGCCGACGCCCACAAGAGGGGCGUAUUCAAGGAGGAGAUAGUGCCGGUGCCCGUCAAACGCAAGGGUCGACCCGUUUUGUUUGACACCGACGAACACCCGAAGCCGGACACGACGGCCGCGAUGUUGGCCGCACUGCGACCGGUGUUCGCGAAGGACGGAUCGGUGACCGCCGGCAACGCGUCCGGCGUUAACGACGGCGCCGGUGCUCUGGUGUUGGCCUGCGAAAAGGCCGUCUCAAUGCAUGGCCUGCAGCCGUUGGCCCGUAUAGUUGGCAGCGCCUGUGUUGGCGUCGAUCCCACUAUUAUGGGUUAUGGUCCGGUGCCGACCAUACGUAAAGUGUUGGAAAAAACUGGUCUCUCCUUAGCGGACAUGGAUGUGAUUGAAGUGAACGAAGCGUUUGGCACACAAUUCGCUGCCGUCGAGAAGGAGUUGGCUUUGGAUAAAAACAAGACUAACGUUAACGGCAGCGGCAUUUCCAUCGGACACCCCCUGGGAGCCACCGGCGCCCGCAUUAUGACUAACUUAAUGUAUGAGUUGCGCCGACGGAACGGGAAGUACGCUCUCGGGUCGGCCUGUAUUGGCGGCGGACAGGGAAUCGCUAUUAUCAUUGAGAAUGUUCGCUGA